GGAAAUCGAAGGUUUUAUUUUUGCGACUUUGGUACUGGAUAAUAUGAACUGACAACUGCGAACGUUGAGAUGUUUAAAAUUUAUUUUAAAUAAGAGUCAUAUUUAAAAUAAGUAACUAUGGCAAGCGAAGGUGCAAGAAAAGCACGUUUAUGUCACGAGAUAAAAAGUUUGUUUUCAAAGCCGCCUUGGGGAAUAACGUGUACUCCCGAAAAGGAAGAUAUUUAUAAUGCCCUCAAUGUCCGUAUGUGCGGACCAAAAGGAUCUCCAUAUGAGUCUGGAGUUUUUAAAUUAUUGAUAAAUGUGCCGAAUAAUUAUCCCUUUGAACCGCCACUAGUGAAAUUUGUUACGUCUGUGUAUCAUCCAAAUAUUGAUUCAGCUGGUAGAAUAUGUAUGAACAUGCUUAAAAUGCCACCAAAAGGGACUUGGCUGCCGACUAUAACAAUUGAAACAUUGCUAAUCUCUAUCCAAACAUUGCUGGCCCAUCCAAACCCAGAUGACCCUCUUGUCACCGAAAUAGCUAUGGAAUAUAAGUAUAAUAUUGAAGAAUUUAAUAAGAAAGCAAGAAAACAUACAAAAGAAUAUGCUAUGUGAAAAACUGUCUUAUUUGAAAAACAAAAAGAAUAGAAAAGUUCGAAUAAGUUUUGUGUUUAUGGUUAAAAACUAAGGAGGUUGUUUAAGCCUGUUAUCUUUUAAGAACAGGAUGUUUGGAAUACUUACCUAUUUGUUACUUUUAUAACAUAUGAAGGAUUGUUAGAAAUCUUUUUAAUUCAUUUUUAUAUAUU